AUGGCCUCCACUGCGGAUCGGCCGUCUGCAUCCCCCAGCGGAUCGUCCGCGACCUCCAAAUCCACCGCUGCGAAGCCCAAGGGCGCCGCGCCUGCCCGUGGCCGCAGUGGCCCUGACGGUGACACGACCGAUCAGAAUCUGCCCAAUCCGCCCUCUACUGUGUCCCUGCCGCCCAGGAUCUCGCCGCCCGUGUCGGCUCCCGCGUCUGCGGCCACCUCGACCUUCUCCUCGCGCGAGUCCUCGCCGGUGCGUGUCACUCCUCGUGCGAGCAGCAACAACCUCGCCCGUGCCUCUCGAUCCCACAAGAGCAGUACCAGCCCCAGCCCGAACAGAGGCGCCGUCAAUGCUGGCCCUGGUGUGACGACCGUCCCGUCCUCUGCUACCGCGGUGCAAACCGCCUUUUCUCAGCUGAGCAAGCCCGACCUUCAGCAGCCUGCUCCUGUCGACCCGUCGCUCGAUGUCCCCAGUCCCGACAAGUCGAAUAUGCCUCCUCCGCCCCGCCGCACGUCCGACUCUGCUUCCAGAGCUCCUACGCCCGCUUCCCGACGGAGGACGUCGAUUACGAGAGGUGCUUCCCGGAGUCCGGGUCCGGCAAAUGCCUCCAGGCGAUUAGAACAACAACAGCAGCAACAACAACAACAACAACAAGAGUCAACCCCCGCAAAUAUAUCGACCAAACGAUCUGCUCUAGCUCCGCCGCCGGAAGAGGGUGUCACCUCUCCGACAAAAGCCAAUGCUGAUGACAGUGAUACGGGCCUCCGUCGCGGUCCUUCCAGGACCGCCAGCGGUGGCGGCUCGACGUUGGAGACCGUCGAAGAAGCCAGUCUACCUUCGACUCCGAUGACGGACAAGACCACGAAGAGCCAGACGGAAGAGGCUCCACUCCCAAAGAUCGAGGAAGCCGUCAAGCAGAUGGCGGAAAGUGGGAGUGAAAGCGGUGGAAACAAAAGCUCGGGGUCCAAGGACGAGAAUCGUCCCAAGGCGGCCACGACUCGACCGUCGGGCGAUGUCCUCCCGAAACGGUCUUUUACGUCUCUCAACAGUGCCCGAAAACCGGGUGAUGGCUCAGUGCGCAACAUGAUCGUCGAAACCGAGACCGUCACCUCGAUUCCGCAGGUCUCGCUGGGCGUGGGCACCGGGGAGAGAGGUUCUUCGAGGAACGAUCAGGGAGGAACGGUCCGGAUGAAACCGAGCAUGGAGACUAUUCGACCCAAGAAGGAGAAGAAGAAAUCUACGCGGAAACCGACCGGAAAUGCAUCAUCCAAGGCCGACAUUUUCGAAGCCAAGGUCGCCAGUGCGGUCGACGAGGCCGAUGUGUCGGAUUCGGACGAAACCUUCGUCUACGAGUCCAACCCGCCUGACCCGCACCCCGGCCGACAACAUCGAUACCACUCGCGAACCCCAAGCACCACGUCGAUGGCCAGCCAGGUGGACCAGUUUGUGGGCCGAUCGCGAAGCGGUCUCCGAGACGGCCACGGCGUGACCGGCAAACGGAGCAUGAAGUUUACGAACAACAACAACUACAACAACCUCGAUGGCGACGGCGGCGACUUGGAGCAAGGUCGCGGCAGCGGACGGGUCGACAGCAAUGGACACUCCAGCCGUCAUCAUCAUUUCGGCCGCCAUGGCCGGGGAGGUGUAUAUCCCUCCUUCUUCGACGGCGACUCGCCAUUCCCGCAGUCCCAAUCGCAGGCGUCUCGCUCGUCGCGACAUUACUUUAGCAACGGCUUCCGUCAGAACCGGCGUGGGAACAACCCCCGCGCGUAUCAAAACUAUCGAACCAUCGGCAGUCCCAAAAACAUGGGCGAUGCGUACGCUGAUGAUUUCGAUGGUGACGGCGCCGAUGAUGAGCGCACGCCCCUGGUUGGGUCUGGUCGAGGCCUGCGGAGCCGGAACGGGCGUCGGCCCAACAGCGCCAGUCUGCGGCAGAUGGAAUAUCUGGAGCAGCGCCAUCGGACUUGCUUCUCCCGGUACGGCGGGUGUCUCAUUGCGGCCUUCCUGGUGUUUCUCCUGAUCGGCGGCGCGGCCACCCUUCUCGUCGCGCUGACCAAGCCGUUGCUGGACGUUCACGUCACGAAGAUCUCGAACGUCCUGGCAUCGGAGCAGGAGAUUAUGCUCGACCUGAACGUGAAUGCCAUCAAUCCGAAUAUCUUUCCGAUUGCGAUCGGCAGCAUGGAUGUGAACCUUUUUGCCCGGAGCCGAUAUGUCGGCAGUGAGAAGUUCUGGCGGGACCAUGGGCCGCAUCCUGAUAACCCUUUCCCUCGCGUGGAGCGCAGCAAGCGGCGCGCUGAACUGGCGCAGAUGGUCCGACGUGCGUUGGCCGAGCCGCAGCCGUCCUCCCCUGAGGUUCAGGCCACGGACGGGGUCGAUCGGGGCACAGAUCCCAUACCCGAAGAUCCUUCAGGCGACGCCCAGACGAUGCUGCUGGGUCGGGUCUUCGAGUUCGAUUCGCCCCUCAUCUUCGACCCGUCGCCGUGGGCCCGUCAGCCGUCCAGUUCGUCCGGAGGGAUCCGUCUGGCGAGACCGGGCAACAAGACGGAAGAGGGCGGCACGGAGCGGUGGGAGCGGGUGCUGCAGCAUCCGUUUGAGCUGAUUGUGCGGGGCGUGGUCAAGUAUUCGCUGCCUCUGAGUUCGAGCGUGCGAUCGGCGUCGAUCAGCUCGAAGGUCCAGGUAUCGCCGGAUAGGGACGGCGAUGACGAUGGCGGUCCCCGCAACGACACGGUGCGGAUCAACAGACGACCUGUCGCCAGGGAUGGUACGGCGUCCGUCAGCCGGAUGUUUUCGGGCUGA